UUUCCCGCGGUACACAGAUCUCUUCAUUUCGCUCGCACUUUCACUUUCGUUUCGUCUCGUCAUUCAGUAUUUAUUGCUCUUUUACUUACACACACCCACACACCAGACAAUCAACACACACACUAACUCACACUUACACACCCACAUAUAUGGAGCUGCCAAAACCCGGACGCACCAAACUGGUUUACACCUCGCUCGAAGCUUUGGAGCGUAUUACAACGCCGGAUGAAGACGCCGAAUCGGUCCACCCAUCCGGUCUGGAUUCGGCCGACAGUGGGGAUGAAGCAGAUUUUAUUGACGGGAUAGAUCCUUCCCAUGACAUCUAUCAUUGAUGAUGAGGAAGAGGAAGAAGACACCUCCUGCUCCCCUGAGGCACCUCUGGAGAGAGGAAGAGGAAGGAGUCAGCCUUCAACAAAUAGGAGCUGCAGCAGUCAUUCCACUGCCAAGCACUCCAGGUCAGAAACACUCCCGGUGAUGUCUGGAGAUGUGAAACUGACCCUGAUAACUUGCCACAUCCCCCACCACAUUUCCUGCCCAAAAGACAGCCAGGUCUGCAGCCACCUCUUACACAGUAUGUGGACAUUCCAUCUCCAUCUGAGCUGUUGAAGAUAUACUUUGACCAGGACACAAUCAAAACACUGUGUGCAAACACUAAUAAAUAUGCAGCUAGAAAUAUUGCAGCAGGGAAAAAAUUUAAAUGGACUGAGGUCACAGAGGCUGAAAUGUAUCAGUACGUUGGGAUGAGAGUGUACAUGGGGGUUCUGAAGCUGGCAAAGAUGCGGGAUUUUUGGCGUACAGAUUCUGUUUUCAGUGUGCCAUAUCCUGCAAAGGUCAUGUCCAGGGACCGGUUCCUCAGCAUUACUUGGAACAAACAUCUGAGUGACCUUGCGGAAGAUGCCCUCAAUGACAGCAGAAAAGGCACACAUGACUAUGACUGUCUGCACAGAAUACGCCCCCUGUAUGACAGUUUAAGUGCAGCCUGCAAAGCUGUGUACCACCCCCAGCAAAACCUCUCUGUGGAUGAGAGCAUGGUAGCCACCGAAGCCAGAAUUGCUCUGAAGCAGUACAUAAAGAACAAGCCAAGAAGGUGGGGGAUAAAACUUUUUGUGCUGUCAGACAACCCAGGCUACACUGUUGAUUUCAACAUAUAUUCAGGGAAGUUCACUCUGGGGCUGUCAUUUGAUGCUGUGAUGUCACUCAUCAACAAAAACUACCUGGGAUCAGGAUAUCACAUUUAUUGUGAUAAUUUCUACACCAGCCCAGUACUGUUCAACCACCUUCAUGACCUGGGGUUUGGAGCCAGUGGGACUUUUCGGGAUACAAGAGUCGGCGUCCCAAAAACAAAAAUAAAUGCCCUGAACAAGAAAUCUCCCCGAGGGACUAUCAGGUGGAUCAGAGAGGGAGCACUCUUAUUUAUCAAGUGGAUGGACACGAGGGAGGAUACAGUUUGGGAUUGCAAAAAACCUCAGCACAAAGAAGCAACAUAUAUGCAAAACAACAUCAUGCCGGGAUCGGUGAAGGCGGUGUAAGUGGGUGCAUAUGUUUAUCUAUUCUCAAACUGUUCACGAUGUACAUUUUAUUUCUGUUUUUGUCUCUGUUUAUAAAAAUUUGAGUAUUUUAAAAAUGAAGUUAUGGACACACUCCAAAUACAUUUUCUGUGGUUUGAAAGGAUUUUGUGAAACUUUUUUACAUUACAAUUUUUGAGGGAUACAGCUAUGAUAUUUCUGUAUUAAAUAUGUGUAAAAAAAAAAAACGUUUUUUAUUUUUCUGGUGGUUAAUUGCACUUUUUUAGCAAUUUAUUUGGUAAAUAUGGACUUAUUACAUAGAAAUUAUAAAUAUUUGGGAUGCAAGGGUUGUAUUGAUGUCUAGCAUAUUGAAAUAGUCCAAAAAAUGGCUCUACAGCAUGUGAAAAUGUAAAAAUAUGCUCUGGCGAACUUGUUCUAUGGUAAGUAAUAAAGGGUUAAAGGUCUGGAAACCUUUAUAGAGUGCAUAGGAACAUGAGCUCUUUGAAAUACCUGACAUUUUAACAUUGUUGUGGACCUGAAAGUGAACUGAAACUGGACAAUGACUUGUUUCUUUUAAUAGAUUAAUAAUCCAAAAUGUAGAGCAAAAUUAACACACAAAUGGUUCAACAGGCUUUCUUCGAUUACAAUGUAAGCCUAAUGAUCUAAUUCCUGUAGAAAAACUGCUCAAAAUAUGAUGGGUCAAAGAUGCCUCUCUUUGUAUAUUCCAACCUCGUAAAAUGUAAAAGGAAAAAACGAAGUGCUCUAUUAUUUAUAAAAAGUGAGGUUUAUAAAUAAUUAUCAACAAACCUGCCAAUAAAUGUUUAUUAUUAUUAC